GACUCUCCUGUCAUUCACCCGUAAACAAUACGAAAGCGUGGUUCGAUAAACUCUCUUAAACAUUUUCGGGAUAUUUAUCGUUGUAUCACGUGUGAAAUAUGGUUUACUUACAUUUUCCGUCGAAUAAAUACACGGAGGAGGAAAUGAUGCUGCAGGCUAAAUAUAACAAACUUAAAAGAAAGAAAAAGGCAUUGCAAGAUCUGAAAGCUCCCAAGCAGGAAGCAGAACGUAUUCCUCAAGCGCCAAAACGACCGACGGAGGCGAGAGAUGCGCGCGAAGUCGCCAAGAAGUUGAUUAAGUCCGGUGUAAUUACAGCUCCGAAAAUACCCAAGCGACCGGAACAAACUUUCAAGAGACCCCGUGGUUUAGAGAGAAAAUUGAACAGUACAGAGAAAACCAUUAGCUCUUACCAACCAUUCUCAGCCACUCAACUGGAGGAGGAGGAAACGGAAGCAGCAAGGCCUAGAGUAAAAGACUUGUACGAUAGUUUUGUCAGCGCUGAAAAUACUGACGACAAGAACGUCGCUGACACGCAAUCUGUAGCUAAGCCAGAAAUUAAGCCACGAGGAGGAAACACAAUAUUCGUGUGUGGUUAUAAGAUAACAGAGGAUUACCUUAAGAAACAUUUCCAGAGUUUUGGGAAUAUCAUUAAUAUCUCGAUGGAAGUGGAGAAGAACCGUGGGUUUAUAACUUUCGAGAAAGCUGAUGCAGCCGAAAGAGCGAUCAGCGAAAUGGACGGCAGUAUGGUUUCUUCGAUCCAGUUGAAAGUAUCGUUAGCCAGGAGGCAACCUAUAAUCGAACCCGUCACCGAUGCCAUGUCUAGUUCUAUGUGGUCACCGAUUGCAGCUAACUAUUCUCAGAAAAGUGUGCACAAAGAUAGGCGGGAUCUUAAAGUGUACGAAGAGGAUCUUUUUCAAUAAAGACUAAGGUAGA